AUGCUUGAAUCGAUUGUGCCACUGCUCUUGGACAACUGGGUGUACGCCGUGGUUGUGGUUGGCGUCGCUUAUUUUCUGAGCAACUAUUUCAAUCAUGGACUGAACAAGUAUCCCGGGCCAGUCCUCGCGAGAUUCACCAAUUGGUGGAGGGUUUUGGAUGUAUAUGGUCGACGACCUGAUAUUACACAUCUCGAAUUGCACCGCAAGCACGGCGACAUUGUGAGGCUAGGACCAAACACACUUUCGUUCGCGAACCCUAAAACAUUAAAGACGAUAUACGGAUUGAACAAAGGCUUCACCAAGUCUGGAUUCUAUCCAGUGCAGCAAGCCGUCAGCCAAGGCAAAAGAUUGCCGUCGCUCUUCUCUACGGUGGACGAGUCGUACCACGCCAAUCUGCGCCGGUCAGUCAACAAUGCCUUCUCUAUGAGUCAGUUGGUUCAGUACGAGCCUGCGGUCAACGAAACCGUGGAGCUCUUUUUGAAUCAGACCGAGAAGAUCUACGCGAAAACCAACAAGGUCUGCGACUUCGCCGAGUGGUUGCAGUUCUUCGCUUUUGAUGUUAUCGGUCAGAUCACCUAUAGCAAGCGCCACGGAUUCCUGGAGAACAACACGGAUGUGGACGGAAUGAUUGGCUAUCUAGGCAGGUUGUUCUCAUACGUUGCUCCUAUUGGCCAAAUGCCAUGGCUCGACCUCCUUUUCCUCAAGAACCCGCUAGUUCUUCUCCUCGACAAGGUCGGAUUCAAACUUUUCGCCUUCCCUGUAGCCACGUUCGCCAGGCAGCGCAUGUCCGAACGAGUUAAGGAAAUGGAAGCCCAGGGCCUUGAAAAGGGCACUGCACGACCUGAUCUCCUUUCCAUGUUCCUCAAAGCCCAAAACGACCGCCCAGAGUUCAUGACGGAUCAGCGCGUCCUCACCAUGGCUGUAUCCAUGGCAUUUGCCGGAUCCGAGACAACCGCUAUCAGCUUGGCGGCAGUAUUUUACUACCUCCUCAGGAACCCCACUUGCUACCAGAAAUUAAUGAAAGAACUGGACGAGGCUGUCGAGGAAGGCAGGAUUGCGGCCACCCCAGCAGGGACAGUGACGUGGGCCGAAUCCCAAAAACUCCCUUACCUGGACGCCUGCAUCAAAGAGGCCUUCAGGAUGCAUCCUGCUGCUGGCUUGCCCCUCGAGCGUAUCACCCCACCUCAAGGCAUUGAAAUCGACGGGCAUUUUAUCCCUGGAGGCACCAUCGUCGGAUGUAACGCCUGGGUCAUCCACAAACGAGAAGAGAUCUUCGGGUCGCAAGUCGACAGCUAUAUCCCAGAGCGUUGGCUCGAUGCCAGCCCUGAGCAAUUGAAAGAGAUGAAUGGCACCUUGUUCCAGUUCGGCGCUGGGGCACGAACAUGCAUUGGCAAGAACAUCAGUCUCCUGGAGAUGUAUAAGCUGAUUCCUGCGUUCUUGCGACGCUUCGAGGUCCGCCUCAAUGAUCCAAGCAAGGAUUGGAAAUUGCACAACGGUAAGUUCUCCCCUCUCUCGUAG